AUGGAGGAACAUCUGUUCAGUUAUGAAAACAUAUUUAGGAAUAAGGACCUAAAUAUUGAUGAGGAGAUAAGGGAGAAAAAUCAGAAGGAAAAAGGACCACCUGUUGAGGAUUCGAACGUGCCGCCGGAGGGUGCAGGUUUGGAGGAUGGAAACCCGAAGGAUGGAAACCCGAAGGAUGGAGACCCGAAGGAAGAGUCCCCGCAUGGUUUUGCCAAAAACAAGCUGAAAAGCGAACCCGAUGAGGGGGGCUGUUCCAUCCAAUCGGGUGCAGCCGAUGAAAGUAAAAAAGGGGAGAAGAGCCAGAAGGCGGAGAAGGGUGAUACAUGUCCAGGAGGAGAAGGAAGGCCCAGCGAGGCCGACUGCAAGGGGGAUCCAGUAGAGGCGGUGGAAGAGGCAUCAACGGAAGUGGCGAACGAGGCGAACGUGGCGAACGAGACGAACUCAGCUCACGUGGAGGACGCCCGGGGGGAGGGGCAGGACGCCACCGUUCACACGAACAGCCAAACGGAACCCCAAUCCAAGAAGAAGAUAAAAAACGACCUAUCGUCCCUUUUUGCAGACUCGUCCUCAGAAGUGAUGGGCGCAGGGGGGGAACAAGCCAGUGACAACAAUGAAAUUAAUUUUUGGUUUUCCGGAAAGGGGGCCACGCCGCGAGGGGGAGCGGACAGAGAAGCGGACAGAGAAUCGGAUAGAGAAGCUGACGGUGAAGCGAAUGACGAAGCUGACGGUGAAGUGAAUGACGAAGCUGACGGUGAAGCGAAUGACGAAGCUGACGGCGAGGUGGGAGAGAAAGAACAGACGCACGACAACAGUUUGACGACCCCACUUGAUAAUAAUCCAGAUGGGACAACCAAUGUGAUAUGUAAAAGGGGCGAAGAUGGUGGCAACUGUGGAAUACAAAACGCUCCAAAUGGCGUUGAUGCCUCCUUUGGUGAUUUCAAUGAGGAAAAACAGAUUCGUUGUGACGGAGGAGAUGUACCAGAUUGGACACCUCAAGUGAGUAGCAGUGACCUGGUUGGGGAUGUAAGCCACUCGGGUCGCGGCAAAAAUGGGCCUAGUGAAGGGGGGGAAGAUGCUCCCAGGGGUGACGCGGCAGGGGGUGAUGCGGUAGGGGGUGAUACGGCAGGAGGUGACGCAGCAGGGGGUGAAGCGACAGUGGGCAACUCGGCAGGUGACGCCGCCCCCACCGCCCUGUGCUUCGGAACGAACGGGACCUUUUGCUACACCAGGGGGAGAAAGGUGAAGUGCGCGCCGCUGAUCUGCGUUAUGGAGAGCGGCAUUCGGGCGAGGAGCGAGGGUUCGAGUGCCGCUGCGGAUCCCGCACCACCGCCAAGUAACACACCCGCCAAGCGUAGUAACACCAAUGGCAGUCGCGAUAAGACGUUAGAGGAACACGUUUACGCGAUAAAGUAUUUCCCUGGACCAUUUAGCAGGAGGACGGACAAGGUUGACCAGAAGGUAAUUAAUUUUCUGCAAGGUCUUAUAAAAAUAAAUGGAGAAAAAUAUGGGCGCAAUGUGUAUGAGUACACACAGAAGAGUUGCGUUUACCAGUACCUACUGAACGUGAUGAGGAGUCCCCACUUGCUUGACUUUAACUUAAAGGACGUGCGAGUGGAUAGGAGUGGUGUGAAGGCAGAUGGGAGUGAGAAGCAGAAGCGGAGAAAUGCUGUGUCUUACUUUGUGGAGUCGUCUCGCCGCCAGGAGGAGGGAAGAACGAACAAGGGGGAGAGAAGAACGAAAAAGGGGGAUGGUCCCCGAAGCAGGAAUGGCUACCCAAGUGGUAGAAGUGAUCAUGCCAAUUACUGCCACGACUGGAGUGGAGACUUCCUUGCUAGUGAAAACAACCCGCGAGAGGAAUCAGGGGAUGAAGAUCAACAAAGGAGAGACAGUCCCUCCGAUGCUGAAGAAACGAGUGAAUUGAACAAUAACAUUACUGAAAUGGAAAAAUUUGAGAUAACAGGGAGAGAGAGUGAAAAGCGAGAGUACCCCGGUGGGGGAGGAGAUAUCCACCACGAUGGGGAUCUCUACCAAGGGGAUAAUCUCACGUGGCGCACAGGUGAGUGUGGUACAAACCCAUAUGGAAAGAAGGAGAAGGAGAAGGCAAAGGAGAAGGCGACGGAUAAGGCGACGGAUAAGGCGACGGAGGCGGAGAAAAAAAGAGUGCUUGUGCACAACCAACAGUACGAAUUCCACGACUUGGUGAACCCAAACUUCAUCAAGGAAUUCUCCAAAAUGGGGAUCAAAGAAAAAAUCACCAGAGAUGACAUAUACCUGGAGUAUUACCACCUGUGUAUAUAUAACAGUGAGGAGGCAGCAAGACUAUGCGUGGAAAAAAAAUUAUUCAAGCAUUUCUUUUUGAUUUUAAAAAAAUACAACGAUGAAAAAUAUAGGCUAAUGCUCAGUAAGUACAUAACUCAUAUAAACAACAGCAUGAACGAUGACACUGAGAUGACUGAUGGAAUGAAAAAUAUUUUUCGAAUUUACAAUCCAAGCAUUCAUAACUAUAUUGUUAAGGAAUCCUUUGUCUUUUUAAUUUCCCUUCUAAAUCGGGAAAGUAUGACGUUUGAAAAAAAUUUGCUAAUAAAUUACUGGUACUCUUUUUAUGUACUGAUCUAUCAUAACUUCUUAUUCCAAUUCGAAGAGAAUGAAUUAAAUUACGAGGAGUACAAGGAUGACAUUCUCCGAUUUUUUUCCUUUUUAAUAAAUCAGCUGUAUAUGCACGGACGUGUGACUGAGUCUCAGUUUCUCUACCUGCAGUUGUGUGGCAAUCCAUGCGUUUUUAAAGUGUGCGAAGUGAUAGAGUACCUCCACAGAUCCAAUGACGAUAAUUUUUUUUACGAAGACCUAAUAAGACAGAAAAUUAAGUACGCAUUUACUCUUCUAGAAUUAGGGGUUCUAGAUCAAGCUAAAAGGUACAUAGAAAUAAUAUACUACUAUGUAGAUGUGAUUCGAAGUCAGAAGAAGAAGAACUACUACUUGGUGCACAUGUAUGAGUCUCUACUUAGUCAGGCCAAGUAUGUUCUACCAUCUCUGCGUUUACAAGAUAGGGGUAUAUUCCACGCCAGCUGGACUGCGUCGAAUGAGGACCUUCCCGAGGGGGGGAUAUAUAACUAUAAAGUCAUUUCGCCCCACCGAGAUUUGCAGCACGGGGGGGAAGCGCAUGCUAGCGAUAAUAAUAUUACGAUGACCCCGUUCGAAGCGAAGAACCCAAGCGGGUUCAACACAGAUCAUGUGGGUUCUACUCACCAAGGGGGAUUAACGGGAAAAGUCUCAAACACUUUCGGAAGUAACCCUACUUCACCACCACACAUAAGUGCAGCACUUACGACCAAUCAAAACCAACACACCGAAAGGGUUGGAAGUUACUCGCAUUUUAGUUUUGCUCCGCCACUGCAUAGCGUUGGUACUAACGCAGAUCAGUCGAACAUACACCACGAGGUUUCUAACAGCGGGACGAGCAGCACCCCUCUCGCAAAUGCCCCCUACCCAACGAAUGAUGGGAACUUAUUUUUGUCUAGCUACCACCCACCACAAAUGGUUGCCUCGGGAGAAGGAGCGGAAUACACCCCUGUAGAAGGGGGCAUCACCUCCUAUCAGCAGUACAACGGUGCCUAUCAAAAUGGAAGCGCUCAACAGGCUCCCCACUACGCAGCCCACCAAAGUGCAUACCCCCCAAGCAGCAACAACUACUCCGCAGGGGGGGGCAUGUCCUAUGGAGGUAACACCAAACCACCUGCACAGUCAGGUAAAAGUGGACCCCACGAAGUAACUGACAAAAAAAUACACAGCGAAAAAAAAAAAGAAGCGGAUGAACAGAAUGGAGAAAACAACAUGGAUUUAAUUAACAUAGGGAAGACAUUCAUUUCAGGAUUCUUCUCAAACAUAAAGGAGAAAAUAACAAAGACGGAACAAGCGGAGGAGGAGGAAGAGGAAAAUAUUUUUUAUUAUGACUACGAGAAGAAGCGGUGGAGGGAGAAGGGGGUGACGUCGGAUGAGGAGGAAGAACGGGAGCGACGGAAAAUGCAGCACGAAAUGGAGAUGAAAAAUAUCGCCCCUCCACCCCAGACGGAGAACCGUUCGAUGACAAACAAGAAGAACCCGCUGGACAUAACGGACGUGCGGAGCAGGUACGUUGACUACUUCAACUGA